CGGGAAGGCGGAGUCCGCCGGGAAAACGAAACAGAGUGAACCUACCGGGGCUGCGACUGUGAGAAGCGGCGGGCGACGCGAUCUCAGAGUCAGCACCCGAAGCAAAAGUCGAAUCCUAAGCCAGGGGCCACUGUCCAGAUCCAGGUUCCAGGGAUUGAACUCAGAUGGUCAGUCUCGGCAGCAAGCUUCUUUACCUGUCAAUCCAUCUUGCUAACCCUUGUGAGAACCAUCACUGUGUAGGUAGAAUGUAAAGCCACAGCCUGGAGGUGAUCACCGGGAGAGAAGGUUACUGGAAGGAAAGAUGGCCAGUGAUACUCCCGGUUUCUACAUGGACAAACUUAAUAAAUACCACCAGAAGCAUAGAGUAACGAUUACGUAUAAACACCUUUUUACUACAGGACCUCCACAUGACAGAAGGUUUACAUUUCAAGUUAUAAUAGACGGAGAAGAAUUUCCAGAAGCCGAAGGCAAAACAAAGCAGGAAGCAAAAAACGCUGCUGCCAAAUUGGCUGUUGAUACACUUAACGCAAAUAAGGCAAAUAGUCAUACAGACGCUUUGGAAGGUUCAUUCACUGGGAAUUACAUAGGCCUUGUCAACAGUUAUGCUCAGAAGGAGAAGUUGUCUGUAAAUUACCAACAGUGUGCCUUCAAUACCCAGUCACCCCAAAGAUUUUGUUAUAAAUGCAUAAUUGGGCUGAAAACCUACGGUAUUGGUUCAGGCGCUACCAAGCAGGAGGCAAAGCAGCUGGCUGCUAAAGAGGCGUAUCAGAAGCUACCAGAGAAAAGCUCAAUGAGAGUUUGCAGAGCAUCCUCUGGUCUUAGCAAAUCUUCAUCCAGUGGCCACUUCAACAGCUGGUCCACAGCAAACAAUUUUACUUCUCUGUCAGCGCCUGGAAGUGAUUUCUCAGAGACUGCAUCAAACAACCACUGUGUUUUUUUCAAGUCUCCUCUCAUGAAUGGGCUCAGAGAAAAUAAAAGGAAGCCACGAGUAAAACUGUCAUCUAAUGAUGUGCAAAGAAAUAAAUAUACCACGGACUCCAGGUUUAACGAGGAUUUUGAAGACAUAGAAGAAAUUGGCUCAGGUGGAUUUGGCCAAGUUUUCAAAGCAAAACACAGAAUCGAUGGGAAGACUUACGCUAUUAAGCGAGUUAAAUAUAACUCAGAGAAGGAAGUGCGUGAAGUAAAGGCGCUGGCGGCACUCAGCCAUGUCAAUAUUGUCCAGUACCAUUUUUGUUGGCUGGGACAGGACUGGGAGUACGAUACAGAGCAGAGCAUGAACAGUGCCACCCCACGAUCAAAGACAGAGUGCCUUUUCAUUCAAAUGGAAUUCUGUGAUAAAGGGACUCUGGAGCAAUGGAUGACAAGUGUCAAGCAGAGGAAAGUAGACAAUGAUUUGUUUUUGGAAUUAGCUGAACAAAUAACAACAGGGGUGGAUUAUAUACACUCAAAAGGCUUAAUUCACAGAGACCUUAAGCCAAGUAAUAUAUUUUUAGUGGAUGAAAAACACAUAAAGAUUGGAGACUUCGGCCUCGUAACAGCCCUGGAAAAUGAUGGAAAUCGAACAAAGAAUACGGGAUCUCUUCUAUACAUGAGCCCAGAACAGUUAUCUUUACAGGAAUAUGGAAAAGAAGUGGACAUCUUUGCUCUAGGACUUAUUCUAGCUGAACUCCUUCACAUAUGCAUCACUAUUAUAGAAAAGUCAAAGUUUUUCACGGACCUAAGAGAUGGCAUCUUCCAUGACGACAUAUUUGGCAGCAAGGAAAAAAGGCUUCUAACGAAAUUACUCUCGAAGAAACCCACGGAUCGACCUAGUGCUUCUGAAAUUCUGAUGACCUUGGCUGAAUGGAAGAAUAUCUCAGAAGUACAGAAACGACACACACAUUAGGGUCUUCCCAAAAAAGCACUCCGCUUUAGUUACCUAAAAUCUGAGAUGGAAUAAGGGGGAACAUUGUACUUUUUUUUCCUUAAGUUUUUAUAAAACUUAAAAAAAGAA